ACAGGUUGAACUAGCAGGGACUCUUAUAAAAGCUUUAGAUUCCACGCUCACAGCUGUCUAAGUAAGAAGAGGAGGCAACCAUGGAUCCAGUUGUGGUCCUGGUGCUCUGCCUCUCCUGUUUGCUUCUCCUUUCACUCUGGAUCCAGAGCUCUCGGAACGGGAAGCUCCCGCCUGGCCCGACUCCUCUCCCAAUUCUUGGAAAUAUCCUACAGUUAGAUGUUAAGAACAUCAGCAAAUCCUUAAGCAAACUCUCAAAAGUCUACGGACCUGUGUUCACUGUGUAUUUUGGCAUGAAGCCCACCGUUGUGCUGCAUGGAUACCAAGCAGUGAAAGAAGCCUUAAUUGAUCGUGGAGAAGAUUUUUCUGGAAGAGGCAGUUUCCCAUUGGCUGAAAGAAUUAAUAAAGGAUACGGAAUCGUGUUCAGCAAUGGAAAGACAUGGAAGGAGAUCCGUCGCUUCUCCCUCAUGACCCUGCGGAAUUUCGGGAUGGGGAAGAGGAGCAUUGAGGACCGUGUGCAGGAGGAAGCCCGCUGCCUUGUGGAGGAGUUGAGAAAAACCAAUGCGUCACCCUGUGAUCCCACUUUCAUCCUGGGCUGUGCUCCUUGCAAUGUGAUCUGCUCCAUUAUUUUCCACAAUCGUUUUGAUUAUAAAGAUCAGACUUUUCUAAACAUAAUGAAAAGAUUUAAUGAAAAUAUCAGGAUUGCGAGCUCUCCAUGGAUACAGAUUUGCAAUAGUUUCCCCGUUCUCAUUGAUUAUUUCCCAGGGAGUCAUAAUAAAGUAAUUAAAAAUGAUGCUAAUUUAAAACACUAUAUUUUGGAGAAAACAAAGGAGCACCAAGCAUCCCUGGACAUGAACAAUCCUCGGGACUUUAUCGAUUGCUUCCUGAUCAAGAUGGAGCAGGAAAAACACAAUCAAGAAUUAGAGUUCACUGUUGAAAACCUGUUAGCCACGAUAUCUGAUUUGUUUGGAGCUGGGACAGAGACAACGAGCACCACUCUGAGAUAUGGUCUCCUCCUCUUGCUGAAGCACCCAGAGGUCACAGCUAAGGUCCAGGAAGAGAUUGAUCAUGUGAUUGGCAGACACCGGAGCCCCUGCAUUCAGGACAGGAGCCGCAUGCCCUACACCGAUGCCGUGGUGCACGAGAUCCAGAGAUACAUUGACCUCAUCCCCACCAACCUGCCCCAUGCGGUGACCCAUGACAUUAAAUUCAGAAACUACGUCAUCCCGAAGGGCACGACUAUAUUAACAUCGCUGACUUCUGUGCUGCACGAUGACAAACAAUUCCCCAACCCAGAGGUGUUUGACCCUGGCCACUUCCUGGAUGAGAGUGGCAACUUUAAGAAGACCGAGUACUUCAUGCCUUUCUCAGCAGGAAAACGGAUUUGUGCAGGA